CGGCAAACUGUUCGAAGCGCCAUUCACAAUUUAUAGCUAAAUGUGUGCGGUACAAGUUGAGAAUCAAUUGGUUGGCGAGACCAGCCGACGCCGUCUGCAACAACUCGGUCAACACAGGCAGCAUGUGGCUCUGGCUGCUGUGCUACUGAUGGGCAUUUGCAUGCGUGGAGCAUGCGACACGACUCCAAGUCUGACUGCAGGCAUACCCAUUCCAUGGCCCGACGCGACACUCGACGAGUGUCACACUGAGUAUAUGCAGGCGUUUGCCAAGGCCUCGAGCGCCUAUGCCAUUGAAUACGAGCGAUGCGAACUGACAGCGAAUGAGACACAGAUCGAUCUCACCAUCGAUGUCCAGCUGGAGCGUGAACAAAUCCAGCUGGGCCACAGCGCAUUGUGCAGCAAUUUCGAGCUGUGCAAUCAACUUGACGACGAUCUCGAGUACUUGGAGUGCCACAAGGAUCAUGGCAACGAGAAUCUGGACCUGAUGACUUCGAUUAAUUACAAUGCAACAAGCGCCUACACACGCCUGCGCCAGGAUUUCGAUGCAGUGCAGCAGACGCUGAUGUUGUGCACACUCGAUGCCCAGGUGGCGUAUAUAGGCAGCAUGCGAUUGGCGAACGAGGAGCUGCAAGAGUGUCGCAGAGAGGUGGCCGCAAUGGAUGCGAACUGAUCGAUCAAUAUAUACACAUAUAUACAUAUA